AAGAGAUUGUGCUUCUUAUUAGGUUAUUCUCCUCUCUUUCCUCUUGUGCUAUUAGGUUAUUCUUCUGCUCGUUUUCCUCGGCGACAACUCGUCCUCCACACUGUUUAAAAUGUCAGAUGUGGAAGAGUAUUGUUGCUUUAUUGGUGGCCUUGCAUGGUCAACAUCUGAUAGGAAGUUAAAGGAUACAUUUGAAAAAUUUGGCAAGCUUGUUGAGGCAAAGGUGGUUGUUGACAAAUUCUCUGGGCGCUCUCGUGGUUUUGGAUUUGUCACAUUUGAUGAAAAGAAAGCAAUGGAAGAUGCUAUUGAUGCUAUGAAUGGGAUGGAUUUAGAUGGGCGAACUAUUACGGUUGAUAAAGCUCAGCCCCAACAAGGAUCAACUAGAGAUGAUGGUGAUCGCUACGAAAAGCGGGGUCGUGAUCGUGGUCGUGAUCGAGAUUAUGGAGGUGGUCGAGGAUCUAAUGGUGGUGAAUGCUUUAAGUGUGGUAAACCUGGUCAUUUUGCUAGAGAGUGCCCUAAUGAGGGGGCAAGAGGGGGAAGAUAUGGUGGCAGGGAAAGUAGUAGACAUGGUGGAAGCAGUGGUGGUAGUCACUAUGGUCCAGAUAGAAAUGCAGAUCGUUCUUCUGGUGGGCGCAGCAGGGAUUCUGGUAGUCAUGGAGAUUCUGGAAGUGAUCGAUAUCAUCGUGACCGUGAUCGUGACCGUGCUGGACCAUAUGAACGACGGGGAUCAGGAGGCUUUCGUUGAUAUAAUUUAAUCUUUUGAUUGAGCUUUGAAAUUGAAGGGGUCGCUGUUAAUGCUUCAACUUUCUUUUUCAUUCACAAUGUUCUGGGAUUGUUGUUUGGAUGGAUGAAUGAUAACCAGUGUUUAGAUAUGCGAUACUCAGCUCGUUUCAAACUCUUUUAUGUUCCUAAAUGCUGAUCUUUUGGUCUGUUGAAACCUUAUGAUGAUUGACUUAUGGUGAAUUUUGAUAUUUUGCAAUAUGCUAUCAAUAAUUGCUGCUGGGUAUCCUGUGAAUUGUGACUUUCAUGCAUAGGGAGUUGCAUAUGUGACAUAUUUGCUGCUGGAUUACCUGAUUCAGUUUAAGAGGUAUUGGAAAGUUUUGUGGUGUUGGAUGGAUGGGUCGGAAGGACCAAGAUGGAGGUCCAAAUGUGGAGUUUUGUUUCUUCUCAUUGGGAGAGAACUUUUAAAAGUAGAACGCCCUUUUGGCUAUCCUGUUUCAGGAUCUUUUGAGUAAAAAGUAGUCAAACGGGUAAAUUAUUGAAUAUUUGUCUCAUAUACCUACUUUCUUAUUUACUAGAUUUCUGUUUUGGUUUGUGCUUUAUUAAUGUUAUUGACCUUUUGGCAGGAUUCUUGGCUAAAUGUGGUCUUUUUGGAUUCAUCAUUGGGUUCCUUUGUUGCUAAUUGGACAUGCAUGGUUUUUUAAACUAAAAAAUCUUUUCAGCUGCAACAGGCCUUCUGCAAUUGCACUCAAUAUGCAUACCAUUCUUGUUUUCUUCACGGGGCACUGAUGGAAGGGGGUUCCAUUUUCUAAUUGUGGCACAUUGUUUGGAAGAUCUUGAUGUGUUGAGCAACUGCGACCCAUUGUUUUUAUACGUUAUUGCUCUAUUUGGUGGAAGAUUGCCCUCAUCCAACUUUUUACUGC